UCGGAAACUGUUCGGUGGGACACCAGAACCAGAGGGAUGUGGCUGCUGUCAGUGUUGGUGCCUCUCCUCAGGCUGUAUCUGUGCGGAAUUAAAGUUCUGAUCUAUCAGAUGUUCAACAGGUCGUUUGCGCUGCCAGGUGCUCGUUAAGUGAAGGCAUCCAAGUGGAUUGCUUACCAGACGAACCAAUGGAGGGUAAAAGUUCAGGACCUUCGUGCUCUGGCCUCAAUCUGGUCGCACACCCACGGGCAAAAAGCAAAGUCUGGAAAUACUUUGGCUUUGACACAGAAGCAGACGGCUGUAUAUUGCACUGGAAGCGGAUUUACUGUCGUGUAUGCAUGAGUCAAAUUGCUUACUCUGGAAACACCUCCAAUCUUUCGUACCACCUCGAGAAGAACCACCCUGUCGAAUUCAGUGAGUUUGUGAAGAGCAACACGGAUCAGAUGCGCGAGGCGUUCGCCACGGCGUUCUCCAGGAUAAAGACUGAGCCGUCAAGUGUACACAUUCAGCAACAAUCCCAGGACACAAACCUAAGGCAGAGUUUAGACUACGAAAACAGACGACACAAUGAUCUGACAAUAGCUGUCAUCAACUUUAUCUGUGAGGGGUUGUACCCUGUAUCUCUAGUUGAAGAGCCGACUUUCAAGACCUUAAUGAGUACCGUCGAUCCUGGGUACUCUCCACCGAGCAAAAGUGACCUGGCAGUUAAAAUGCUUCCUCAGAUGUACUGCCGCGCCAGGGACAUGGUCUUUAGUGAGCUUGCUGGGGUUGUGAACUGUGGCGUUACUACAGAUCUUUGGCAAAGCCAAACCCAGAGUAGGACAUACAUUUCACUCUCUAUGCAUUCGGUUAAUUACAAUAGCACAACUGGCUUCACUCUGACCAACAAGUGUCUAAAAACGUUUGAGGUACAAGAGGACAACACAGCCGAGAACAUCACCAGAGCUAUGUAUGAAGCAUUCGUUGAAUGGGGGAUAACUCAUAAAGUCAGUGGUGCCACCACAAAUGGUUCAGUGGACAUUGUCAAAGCGUGCUCCCUCCUCGACCUGUCAGUGGAAAUGCCUUGCCUUGGACAUACAAUAAAUCGUGCGAUGGAUGAAGCCUUCCAGCUGCCACGGGUCGACAGCUUUUUGGGAUGUUGCCGCAAACUUGUUGAUCAUUUCAAAGAACCAACGCUGUAUCUGCUGAGGGAAAAACAGAAGCAGAGUGGCCUCACUCAGUGUGCACUCAUCACGGACAGGGGUCGGUCUUGGUUGGCCACGUUGGCAAUGUUACAGAGACUGAAAGAGCAACAGGUUGCAGUAACUGCAACACUUAUAGAGAGCUCCAGCAGUCAUCAUUUCAACUUUGAUGGCCCUGACUGGGCCUUGUUGGAGGGCUUGAUUGAUGUCCUCCAGCCUUUUAAAGUUGUGGCAAACAUGAUCAGUUCUUGCAAGUACCCAACCAUUAGCAUGGUCAGGCCUGUGCUUCAUAUGCUGUUGAACACCACACUCAAGGUCAAGGAAGGGGACCUCAAAGAGAUUAGCAUGACCAAAGAGGUCAUCUCAAAAGUCCUCUCAAGCACCUAUUCACAGAAUACUCAGCUAUCGCAAGACAUUUCAGCGUUCCUCAACAUAGCUACAUUCUUGGAUCCUCGGUACAAGAAGCUGCCUUUUCUGUCCACUCAGGAGCGUUCCAAAGUUGAGAAUAACAUCAUAGAGGAGGCAAAAGCAAUCCUUGAGAAGCAGAUUGCAGAGCGACCAUGCCUAGAUGAUUUCUCCUUUGUAUCUGACGAGCCACCGAGCAAAAAGCAGACACCUGCGAGAGAGUCUUCAGCCAGCAGUGCAACCCAAGACAACCCUUUGGCUGCCAUAUUUUGUCAGUCAGACGCAGACCAGAGCCAGGAAGAGCUGCAUGCACAGGUGGUCGAGGAGCUGAGCAACUACAAAUCACAAAGAGUCCUAGGUCUGAAUGAAGACCCUUUACUGUGGUGGUCUAGUCAUGCACCUUUGUUCCCCACCCUCCCCAAGGUGCUUCAGAAGUACUGGUGUGUCCCUGCCACAAGUGUACCUUGUCACAGGCUGUUAAGCUCCUCCGGGGCUGUUCUGUGCGGGAAAAGGAACCGCAUAGCUCCGGCUUUAGUCGAUCAGCAGAUCUUCUUGUAUGAGAAUUCACGGAGCUACUAUGUGCCUGAACCCUGUGAGGAUGAGUUGGACGAUGCUUGGGAGGGGAACUGUAACCCGGGCCAGCCACUUGACUGACUGUGUGCUGACAAUUGUAAAAACUCAAAGAAUUUUGAUGAAGCAUUAAAAAUAUGAUCAAAGUGUAUCAGUCAGUAGUAUGAAAAUGUAAUGGACCUGUUAUACUAGUGGUUUUAGCUCUUAAAUUGUAUAAAAGGUGUGAAGGCUAAUUUAUAUUCCCUUUAAAUACGAGAAUAGAUUUGUCAAUUUUAAACAGUGUACCCUUACACUUCCAUGCAUCCUUUAUGUUGACAUAGAUACAACCAAUAGAUGGCACUCGAGGGCGGAGUCAAAACUUUCAUACAACACUAGCAAGUCUUAGAUUGAUAUGACGAACACUUUGGUUUAUGACUAAAUACCUGCGAAAGGAAUGGCAUUAAUGAUAAUGACAUGCUAACAUUAGCAUUAUAGCAUCAUCAGCGAGAACAUGAUGACAUUAGCACUUAACUCAAACAUUUCUGUUCAUGUAUGACUCAAAAUAUUUCGUGUUAAUUGGUAAACUUUCUAAGCAUGGUUAGACCUUUUUCUGCGUUGAGUUUUUCUAGGGGGGUAACCGUUCACACAAUUCAUAGUUCAGUUUAGCCCUGUCUCCACCAAACACUUUCGGUAUGGUACCUUUGGAACCAAAAGUACCCUUCAGACAUAGUCUUUCUGUGACUAAAAAAUGUAUUAAUAGAUCUCCUAUAUAACGUAUAGGCUAUACACACUCAAAAACAGGACUAUAACUCAAUAAAUUGGGUGUAACUUCCAUUAGAAGACCGUCUUUUGUUGUUUUUUGAAUUCUUAAAAAUCCAGGCUGUAUGUAAAUACAUACUGUUAUGUAGGUAUGACAGCAUUAACAAUAGAUGUCUUGCUGUGCAGAACAUUUACACAUUAUGAUGUCAAAGAAGUUUGAGAAUAAAGAUUUUGUUUUCAGUA